GAACCCGCAGGACUGUGGGUGGGAGGAAUAUGGGCGCGUAGAGCGCCCCCAACGCGGAGAGGCGGGCUCGCAGGGGGGCGGGAGGGCCAUCUGCGGAGGGCGAUAAGGGUGUAGGGGGAGCUCUCCGCACCGUCCCCGGAGGUCCAGGCUGAGUGCUGCUCCUGCGGGCUGGAACAUGGGCGAUUUGCAGGAAGAUGUAAAGUUUAUAGUGGAUGAGACCUUGGACUUCGGAGGGCUGUCACCAUCGGACAGUCGUGAGGAGGAAGACAUACCAGUGUUGGCAACUCCAGAGAAACCCCUUCGGCGGGGCCUCUCCCACCGGGGCGACCUCAAUGCAGUGGCCCCCACCCCCCAGGGCGUGAGGUUCAGCUUAGGCCGCCUCAGCCCAGCGAAGAUGGAGGAGGUCCUCGAUGAGGCCAACAGGCUGGCGGCGCAGCUGGAGCAGUGCGCCCUGCAGGAGCGCGAGAGGGCAGGCGAGAGCCCGGGGCCGCGCAGGGUGAAGCCCAGCCCUCGGAGGGAGACCUUUGUGCUGAAGGACAGUCCUGUCCGAGACCUGCUGCCCACUGUGAGCUCUUCCGCUCGGAGCACCCCCUCUCCAAGCAGCCUGACACCCCGACUCCGGGGCAGCGAUAGGAAGGGGUCCGUCAGGGCUCUUCGGGCAGCAUCUGGAAAGAAGCCCUCCAGCGUGAAGAGGGAGUCGCCCACUUGCAAUCUGUUCCCCACAUCCAAAAGCCCAGCAUCUUCUCCUCUUGCCCGAUCAACUCCUCCAACCCGAUCAACUCCUCCAGCCCGAUCAACUCCUCCAGCCCGAUCAACUCCUCCAACCCGGGGGAAAGCUGGGCCCAGUGGGAGAGCAACAGCAAGCCCGCCAGUCCCCGUCAGACCGGUCUUGGCCCCACAGCCUUCUACCAGCAACUGUCAGCGCCUGUCUCGGCCACAGGGAGCAGCUGCUAAACCUUCCAGUCGACUACCUGUCCCCUCAGCCAUCCCCAAGCCUGUCAGCCGAGUGCCACUCAGCAGCCGGACUGUACCACCCAGCAGAGGUGCCCUAGCUUCAGAUUCAGUGUCAACUCGGAAAGGACUUCCAAGACCAGGUGCUUCAGGGCACAGAGUUCCUGUUUCCCAGCGACCAAAUCUUCCUGGUGCCACUCGCAGCCAUCUGCAGCCCCCCCGGAAAGCUGCAGCCCCAGGACCUACCAGGUAAAGAGAUCAAGACAGCAAGCAAGAAUUCAGUAACCAACCACGACAGUCCCUGCCUGGACUCGCCUCCUCUCCGGCCUCCCAAGCCCUCGAAUUGGAGGCAGUUCCGGAUUCCUGCAGAUUCUGGCUCAGGGGCAAGAGGAAGAGAUGCCACCACGGCUGGUGCCCCAGGGAGAUGGGGUGGAUUAGGGUGGAGCUGGAGGGGAUUCAGACUCUCCAGAUUGGAAUAUUAGGGAAAUGAAGUCACCUCCCGGCAGUGAAAUGAACAUACAGAUGGGAAGUGCAGGAGAGUGGGUUGUCCUCAUCCACCCCCAGUCUGUGUUCAUCCCCAGGCCGAGGGUCACUGGGCAUGAACAUGGGAAUGGCCUCUGUCGCUGACCUCCCUGCUCUCCCAGGAGCAGUCCCCCUGAAUCACAUCCCCUACUGGACUUCGGCCUGUUUGGCGAAGCAGAGACAGGCACCUGGCCUCCGGAACUUGCUUCCUGUGAAUUCUGUGAAUCGUAACAGGCCAGUUUAUGAUAAACUGACUCCUUUGGUCUAUACUUUUCUAAAAUAAAGUGAGCGUAUUUUUA